AUGGCGCAGGCCGCGCCCGCGCCCCAUCGCACCCACUCCUUCGCGAAGAAGACCUUCCACAAGCCCACGUACUGCCACCACUGCUCCGACCUGCUGUGGGGCCUCAUCGGGCAGGGCUACGGCUGCGAAGGUACGCGUCGCGCAUGCGCCCCGUGCGCGUCGAUACCGGCUCCGCGCGCUCCGUCCGGCACGACCAGCGUUAUGCAACGGGGCCCGGCGUCCGGCGUCCGGCGUCCGGCCCCGGGCGUGUCCGGCGGGUCGAUACGCCCCCGGCGCCGCCUGCCGACCCUCGGCGCCCUGCACGCGCGCGCUGGCCGUGCCCGAGACGUGCACUUGAAAUUUCAAGGACGCCGUCGCCGGCACGGCUGGUCACCCCACCUGGGCAGCGCCAUUCCGGAGGAGUCCAUAUUCUUCGCGGUGAAGACGUGGAGCGGAUUCCACGGCACCCGCGCGCGAGUGGUCAAGAAGACUUGGGGAAGAUACGUCACGCAUCUGCAGUUCUACAGCGAUAAGGAUGAUCCGUCCCUGCCAGCCGUUGACACAGGGAUACCAAACUCCAAGACCGGGCACUGCUUAAAAACAGUGGCCAUCUUGAAGCAAGCGCUCAAGAGGGUGUACAAACUGCCGCAUAUCAAGUGGAUAUUCUUGGCGGAUGACGACACGAUUCUAGGGGUCCAAAGACUAUGUGAAGUGUUGAGUUGCUACCGUGGCGGUUCAGACAUAACCAUACUUGGGGAGAGGUAUGGAUACGGCUACGGGAAGAAAGAAACUGCUGCCAAGGGUUACGACUACAUCACGGGCGGGGGCGGCACUGUGCUAAGCAUCGGCGCAGCGCAAGAGUUAUCCCAAUGUGCCUGCACAGCGCUGACGGCUCCUGAUGAUAUGACUCUGGGCGCCUGCGCCUCGCUGCGAAGAAACAUCACCGCGACACAUUCACCGCUUUUCCACCAGGCGAGGCCUCAAGACUACCCGCGCGAGGUGUUAGCUCGAGAUCGGCCUGUGUCCUUCCAUAGACAUUCCACGCCCGACCCUCUCCGAGUAUACGCGACUUGGUUCCAACACGACGACCUGGCGCUGAAACGCUGGAGACGGGACGAGCUGUGAGAGUGAGAGGAGAUAUUAUAAGAUA